AUGGAAAAUGGAAGACAAAGAGAAUGGGAAGAUGAAUUACAAGAUUUACCAGGGUACAGCACAUAUAAAGAAUUUAAUAGUAUUGAAAAUACAACUAAUGACAACGGUAUAUGUAAGAGAUAUAAUAUAAGCGAUAAGGAGGCUUUAAAAUUUUGUCAAAAGGCAACAAGUAUUGUAAGACAUUUACCUUCGAUAGAGGAUGAUGCAGCUAGAAAGGAUCGUUGUUAUUAUUUCCAGCACUGGUUUUAUGAUCAGAUUAGGAGAAAAUUUAAUAAUAGUGGGAAAAAUAUAAGCAGUACAACUAAUGCUUCUAAUCUUUUUAAAGUAUUAAAGGAAAUUAAUUCAAAAGAAAUGAAAGGAAAGCCAUGUGCCUGUUAUGAUACAGCUGAAGCAUAUGAUGUCAAAGAAGAGAAAGAUCUUCAUGAUUACUUUAAAAAUCAUGCAAAUUUUGAUUGUAAGAAUAAAAAUAAAUAUAAAUGCCAAAAGUAUUAUUAUUAUAUCACUUAUAUUAAUGGACUAUAUGAAAAAUAUAUUGAUGAAAGUGGUGAUUACAGUUGUUGCUAUGCUGGUUCCGUAGAAGAUGAAUGCAGAUCAUACUUCAACUGUGAUGACACAUUUAAUCCAAAGCAUCUCUUACCUAAAUUAGAGAGCGAACUUGAGAGAUUAAACGAAGUAACUGUUUCAGAGGUCAGUACAGUAGAAACAUUGGUGAGGGAGACCCCCGUGGGUCCACUUGCACUACAAGACACUAUAUCAGAUAGUGAUAAUGAACAAGAACAUACUUUAACCACGUUUGACACAUUUUAUGAAGAUAGUAAUUUUACUAGCACCAUAGGAAACGUAUAUAACACAUUGAACUCAAAUUAUUUUCGUCGUAUCAUUGCGGUUGUAUCAAUAGUGGGAACAGCUCUAUUUUUAUACUUUUACUAUAGAGUAACUAAAAAUUAUAUCGUAUCACAUAAACAUUUUCCUUUAAUAUGUAAAUUCAUUUAUACUACACACAUAGGAUCAGGGUUCAAUAAAAAAAAACUGAAAAAAAAAAAACCUUUCUAUAGCAACAGUGUGACAUACCAUGAUGAAUUAUCUGAAUAUAAUCCGAAAAGUAAAUAUUUAAAUGAUGAAAUGUAUAAGCUACAUUUGGCAUAUAAUACUAUACAAGACUCAUUUAGCUAA